AUGACUGCCUCUGAAACAGUCUAUGCUAUUCAUAAUUUCGAAGCCGAAAAUGACGACGAAUUAAAUUUCUAUAUUGGUGAGCCUAUCAUUGUCCUCCAAAAAGAUGAUGGAUUUAACGAUGGUUGGUGGAAGGGCCAAAAUGUAAGAGGUGAAGUUGGCCUAUUCCCAGUGAACUAUGUGUCAUGUCAUGACAAUAAUCUUCCUACUCCUUCAAGUUCAUCCAACACAAGAUCAAUCAAAAGCUCAUCAGAUAUCAAUAAUAAUAAUCUACCAGUCUCGAGUACACAAUUAAAAAGAUCAGUCAUUCAGUCAUUAUCCCAUCCUUCAUUAAAGUCAAUAUUACCAGAAUAUUGGAAUAUAGAUCAAGUUGAAAUUUGGUUAAAUGCCAUCGACUUUGGAAGUAUAGCCGCUCAUUUCAAAGAUCAAGAAAUAACAGGAGAUAUCUUGAUAGAAUUAAACAUGAAUUCAUUAAAAGAAUUAGACGUGCCCACCUUUGGAAAACGAUUUAAACUUCAUGCAGCUAUCAGCGUACUUCGAGAAGAGUGUUAUCCUUCAUACAAAUUUCCUAGUUCUCAGUCAAUGACGAGUGAUAACAGUAGCUUUAUGUUAAAGAGACGAGAAGAAGGAGGAGAUUAUGCGAUAAUGCCAAGUAAUAAAAACAGAGUAAAUCAUCUGUCGUUUGCAGCCAAUCAGCCUACGGUUUUGCCUAUGGAUCAUCAUAUGUAUUCAACACCGACAGAGGAAACAAUAACUCCAGAUAUGGAGGGAUGGCUGCAUAAACAAGGAUGUCGAUACAAGAAAUGGAAUAAGCGUUGGUUUGUGCUAAAAGGUCCAAAUCUCUUUUAUUUCAAGAGCCCCAAAGAUGUUCGUAUGAAAGGAAUCAUCAACUUACGAGGAUAUCGUGUUAUCCCUGAUGAAUCGAUACAGCCUGGCAAAUACUCAUUCAAGGCUCAACAUGAAGAAGAACGCACAUUUUACUUUUAUACAGAUGAAGAAAGCAGUAUGAAGGCAUGGAUGACAAGUCUUAUGAAGGCAACCAUUUCGAGGGACCUUUCUGCCCCUGUUCUCAGUUCUCGGGUUAUACCUACAGUGUCCUUGGAAGUCGCGCGCCGUAUGCGACCUAGACCACCUUCUGUCUUGCUAUAUAAGCCAACUAAAUUAGCUUACGAGCCUUCGUUUAUCACAGAACAGGAAUCGUCUGUCAAUCAAGAUUCUGGCUUUGAUAGCGACCUACAUCCAACUGCUCCUCCCUCUUCUAUUGAGCCUAGUGAAACAGAUGAAGAAGAAGAUGAGGGCAUUGAGCAAGAUGCCAAAUCAUGGAGCCAACCAGAAUUUAUCGAAUGGGUCAAUACGAUUUGCCCUGAUGCUAAUAUAUCCAGUUUAAAAGAAAUUAGGAGAGACAACAUUUUAGCUGAAUUGCUGCAAGAGCUUAGUGGUCAACAGAUAUUGCUAUCAUAUCAUGAAUCAGAGGAGGAUAAGAUUGCUAAUGUCUUUGAGUUUAUGAAGAAGGAAGGAAUCUCAGGUGUAGAUGAAUUUUAUACAGUGGAAGAUGUUUGUCAAGGAAAUGAGGAUAAAAUUAUCAUCAUGCUACGGGAUAUUCUUGAAUGGUCUAUUUAA